UGGAAAAAUAGAGGUUUUAAAACAUCGCAGGGAACGUCUCUAACUCACACAAACUUACUACUUAGAUUAUUAGAUGUUGUACAAUUACCGACUCGCCUUGCACUGUGCAAAUGUAAAGCACACCAAACCGAUGCUUCCACAAUAGCUAAAGGAAACAACUUUGCAGAUAAAACUGCCAAAGAAGCGGCCCUGAAACAGCCCACCUUAUCAGUGGCAGACAUUCUUUUCAUAGAUAGUGAUGUGCUGUGUGAUGCACAGAUUCAUGCUCCUAAAACAGAAAUACAGAGUUGGAUCAAGAGAGGAGCAAUACAGCAAGGGAAAGUUUACUAUAUGAAUGACAAGCCCAUCCUACCAAAAAACUUAUACAAAACAGCUGCCUUAGUGAGCCAUGGAAAUACUCAUGUCUCAACAGGAGGGAUGGUACAUAUUAUCCAGCAAUACUUUUAUGCUAUAAAUUUUUCUGAUUAUGCAAAGCAAUUUUGUAGAACAUGCUUAAUUUGCUGUAAACAUAAUGCACAGGGUAACAUGAGACCAAAACGUGGCCAGUUCCCUGUAGCUGAGUACCCGUUUCAAGUUGUACAUAUGGAUUUUAUUGAAUUAUCUUGGUCACAAGGGAAGAAGUACUGUCUAGUCAUUAUAGACACCUUUUCUAAGUGGGUAGAAAUAUACCCUGUAAAGCACUGUGAUGCAAUGACUGUUGCAAAAUGUUUGGUAGGCCAUUAUUUCCCUACUUAUGGCAUACCUCAUAUUAUAAGAUCAGACAAUGGGACUCAUUUUGUAAAUCAGACCAUGUCCCUUUGUUCACAAGCAUUAGGUUUUACGCUUAAGAAUCAUUGUGCUUAUCACCCUCAGAGUGCAGGCUUAGUGGAGAGAACUAACGGCACUAUUAAAACAAGGCUCAGAAAAACAAUGGAAGAGACAAAAAGGCCGUGGCCAGAAUGUUUGUCUCUAGUAAAAUUGUGGAUGAGAAUAACUCCCAUUCCUGCAGGAUUAACACCUUUUGAGAUAGUGUACGGAAGGCCGUUUCCCCUAGCAACCGAAAUGAGUGAUAUAGGGAAAGCGGACAGAGAAAAUACAUUGGCUAAUUGGAUGCGAAAGUUGCUAUCAUCACAACAAAAACAUAGCCCCAGUAGUCUGCCAGUAAAUUCUGUUUCUAACCAACAGGAUAACUUGCAGCCAGGGGAUUGGAUCCUGGUCAAGGUCCUGUUGCGGAAGGAGUGGAGCACACCCCGGUGGGACGGUCCUUAUCAAGUCCUCCUCACAACACCAACAGCUGUGAAAAUAGCAGAACGACCUUCCUGGAUACACAAAAGUCACUGUAAACCCAUCAAGCCCUUAUCAGAGGCCUCAGCGACAGAGUAGCAGUGGAAGUCCGCUACAAAGGCACAGUAACCAAUAGGGUGCUGCUGUCUCAACCCGGUGAAGAAAACAACUGAACUGCACUCUAUUAGGAUGGCUCUGACGGGGUGGGGAUGUGGUAAGGUGACUCUAGGGGUCAUUCUUGUUGUUGGACUUGUAUGGUUGUCCUUGCUCCCACUAGCUCCAUUGCAACACCUACGGCGAUGGACCCAUGACGACUUCCAUCUGCGCCUGUUGCCUGCUGACCACUCACACCCGUUCAUGAAGAACUACUGAAUAUGGAGACAGAGCCUGUUUCCAGCGAUAGCGAUGAAGAAGACAUGUAAUUCAUAAUGACGGCUGAGCCGAAAGCACCCGUGCAGGGCUCGGACCUGAAGUAACGGAAUUAGAUGUUUUUCUAUGAUAAACAGGAGGAACGACUCCUGAUGGUUUUCUGUACUCCACAGUUAGGAUGAUGAUGAUGUGAUCUAAAUGACAGUUGUACUGGAAAUGCUUUUGCAACUUGUACAAUACUGAUGUUUUUGAUCAUACUGUCAUGAUAAACAGGAGGGACUGUUAGGUUGAAGAAACUGUUAUUAAUCAUUUUGUUAUCACUCCUGUAUGAUCAGCAAUGAAUGUAAAUAUGUAUAUAUAUUAUUUUGUUUUCCCCUAGCCUCAUACUUUAGAUUAUAUUAAUAAUAGCAUUCCCACCUUAGCAAAACCAGAACUUUCUCUCACCUCCCUAUACUGCAUGACUCUUGCGCCUCCCACUGACUAUAAAUAAAGGAGUCAAGGGGAACCACCCUUUGUAACACAUUCUGCU